AUGUUUGCCAAGAGAUGUCAAGAUGAGGCAGCAUUAGGGUACGAAAAACAGCAACAGCAACUUCGGCAACAGCAACGUUAUCAACAAGAUUAUACAUCUCCACGCUCAACUUCGCCACACAUCCCAGAGACGCAGGGAAGCAGCGCAGCGGCCCUAUCGAGUAGCGGUAAUCCACCCAAUAGCGAACAUUCAACUGCUAGAGAACCGCAUCAAUGGCUGCAAAGUAUGGCUGAUAAUGCUCGUCCUCGUGCAGAUAUUGCUUUGUACUUGGGGGAUAUUCAGGAUCAUAUAAUAACCAUGUUCCAAAACUUAUUGGCCUAUGAAAAGAUUUUUUCACGGUCACAUUCCAACUAUCUUGCGCAAUUGCAGGUUGAGAGCUUCAACUCCAACAACAAGAUCACCCAGAUGUUCUCUAAGGUUACCAUUAUUGGUACCAUGUUGGUGCCAUUGAAUUUGGUUACUGGUCUAUUCGGUAUGAAUGUGAAAGUUCCUGGUCAAGAUUCAAGUAUUGCAUGGUUCUUUGGUAUUGUGGGUGUAUUGGUUGUUGUGGUAAUCGCAAGUAUAGCAUUUGCCAAUUGGUGGUUGAAGAGUAUAAACAGGCAAAUCAACAAUGAGAAUAGAGGAGGUUUGAUUUCAUCAAGAAGAAGUAUUCGGAGCUUGGGGUUGAGACGCCACAGUGCUAAGUCUGUGAUAAGUUUUCCUAAUAAGUACGAGUAA